AAGCUACUACAAAGUUGGCGCUUGGCCACCACCAGAGGGCGCAUCUUCUGUCAAAAUAUCAACAUAACCUCACUUCAUUUUAAAAUAAAAAAUGUGAAAUUGUUAAAAACACAAAGAUGGACCAGAUUUUUGCGAAGCCCCCAGCUUCGACGAGUCAAAUCAUCAAAGCGGACCCCAAUUACGAGUCCAUGGACGAAGACGACGACUCCACUGUUGAGACAGUUAAAACCGAACUCGAAUCGUCCGAAAUUCACAUCAAGGACGAAAAUACCUACCUGGAAUCGGAUAUAAUAAUGCCGGAAGCCCCCCAAAAUACCACCAGUGUUCCGGUUAAGAAGAAAGAGGUGAAGACGAAGAAGGAGAUGGAGGAGGAAGAGCGGGAGAAAAUGCAGGUUCUAGUUUCGAAUUUCACCGAGGACCAAUUGGAUCGGUAUGAAAUGUACAGGAGGUCGGCGUUCCCCAAAGCUGCAAUUAAGAGGCUGAUGCAAACCAUUACGGGGUGCUCGGUCUCGCAGAAUGUGGUGAUUGCGAUGGCCGGAAUUGCGAAGGUUUUUGUGGGCGAGGUGGUGGAGGAAGCUCUGGACGUGAUGGAAGAACAGUCCGAAUCGGGCCCUUUGCAACCCAAGCACCUGCGAGAGGCAGUGCGGAGGAUGCGCCUCCAGGGGGCCAUCCCCAGCGGAAGAGACUACCGAACUCAUUUCCGCCUCUAGAUUUACGAUUUGUAUUAUUUUUAGACGUAAUAAAAGUCUUUUCUAUUUUAA